GUGUUUCGCAUGCACUAUUAUAGAUUCUUCGUCUUUGUACAAGUUGAGCCUAAAAAUAGGCCCCUGUUGGACUUUGAAGGGUUGAAGCAGCUGAUGAAGCUAGCAGCAGUGGAUUCCGGGGCUUGGUUUCGGCAUGGAUAAGGCUGCUCUUUUUCACAUAGGCUCUGAAUGAGUAGGUCAACCCCAGAGAAGGGAUCUUCUCUAGUCUCGCGAAUAUACACCGGGUAACGAUGGCCACACCAAUAGACCCCCUAGAGGAGCCCCGGAUAUAUCAGCAGACGUUACUGCAAGAUGGCCUCUACGAUCUUCUGGAGAAUGACAAGCUGGUGGACUGUGUUUUAAAGAUCAAAGACAAGGAGUUCCCAUGCCACCGGUUGGUGCUGGCAGCCUGCAGUUCUUUCUUCAGGGCCAUAUUUGUGUCGGACCUUGAAGAGAGCAAGAAGCGGGAGAUUGUGCUGAACGAUGUGGAGCCAGGUGUCAUGGGCAUAAUCCUCAAGUACAUCUAUACUUCCAGCAUCAACGUGACGGAGCAAAAUGUCCAGGAUAUCUUCAUGGUUGCCAACAUGUUCCAGAUACCCUCCGUCUUCACUAUCUGCAUCUCAUUCCUCCAGAAGAGGCUCGGUCUCAGCAACUGCCUGGCCAUAUUCCGACUGGGUCUGAUGCUGGAUUGUCCACGUUUGGCUCUCUCCGCCCGGGAUUACAUCUCUGACCACUUCCAGCUGAUUUCGCAAGACCAAGACUUUCAACAAUUAAGUGCUAGUGAGCUGGCUGCCAUCAUCACCUGCGAUUCUCUCAACGUGGAGAGCGAAGAGGUGGUCUUUGAGACUUUGCUGAAGUGGGUGGACCACAGCAAGGACACCAGGCUCAAGGACCUGCCCGACUUGGUGGACUGCAUUCGCUUUCGACUCAUCUCGCCCGACUACUUCGCCGAGAAGGUGGAGAAGAAUGAAUGGAUGAAGUCCAACGAGAAGAUUGCAGAGAAGCUACAGCUGGUCAAGGACGCUUAUCAGGGAAAGCUUCCAGAAGUCAACAAGAGUGAGAAGAAAAAAUCAGAUGUGGAUGAAGCAGAGGGAGGAGAGGACAAAGAGCAGGAAGAGGAGGACUUACUUCCGGGGAUCCUGAAUGACAACCUACGUUUUGGCAUGUUCCACAAAGAUUUGAUAUUCAUGAUUAGUGAAACGGGAACAAUAGCUUACGACCCCAUAGGAAACGACUGCUUCGUGGCAUCUCUGUCAACUCAAAUUCCCAAGAACCAUUCUAGCAUAGUGACCAAGGAGAACCAGAUCUUUGUGGCUGGGGGACUUUUCUACAAUGAGGAGAGCAAAGAGGAACCACUGAGUUCUUACUUCUUUCAGUUCGAUCCUGUUGGCCAGGACUGGCUGGGGAUGCCCCCUCUCCCCUCUGCACGGUGUUUGUUUGGGCUUGGUGAGGUGGAGAGCUCCAUCUUUAUUAUUGGAGGCAAGGAACUGAAGGAGGGGGAGCGUACGCUGGACUCCGUAAUGGUGUACAACAGACAGUCUUUCAAAUGGGAAGAUUCAGCAGCCCUUCCGUACUUGGUCUAUGGCCAUGGAACGAUUUCCCAUGAUGGAAUUGUAUACGUAAUAGGAGGAAAGUCUGAUGACAAGAAGUGCCUAAGGAGGGUGUAUGCGUACAGCGCCAAGACAUCGAAGUGGAAGGAGCUGGCUCCGAUGAAGACUGCUCGCUGCCUUUUUGGUGCCGCCGUCCACAAGGACAAGAUCUACGUGGCGGCCGGGGUCACGGACUCAGGCCUCACUAGCACCAUGGAAGUCUACGACAUUUCUAAGAACAAGUGGUCAGACUUUGUGGAGUUCCCCCAGGAACGCAGCUCACUCUGCCUGAUCACACUGGCCGGCACUCUCUACGCUGUGGGGGGGUUUGCCAUGAAGCCCAGCGACUCCAGCGACGAGCUCAUUCCCACUGAGAUCAACGACAUCUGGAAGUACGACGAGGGAGAACGGAAGUGGAACGGAAUUCUGAGAAACAUCCAAUAUGCGUCGGGAGCCACCAUACUGGGCGUACGUCUGAAUACGCUGCGUUUGACCAAAAUGUAACGAAACAGCGCCCCCUGCUGAUCGGCCAGGCCGUUUGCAGAGCGCUUUCCUUCACAGACUGUUCAAUUCAUACGACAAAAACACUGAAUAUUCACUGUAAGAAGAGCAACAGCAAAGAUUAUCGUAUUCAACUAUUAUUUAGACCAGUUUAAUAUCCUACUGCGAAGGCUACCGUCGUCUUUCUAAAGAAGCAGUUGACCUACCUGGAAAACGUGACUCAUGACGUACUGCUUAUAUAUAUCCAUUAAAUCGUUUUAAUGUCAGGACAGUCAGAUUUAAUUUUGAAAGCAAACCGAAACCGAGCACUCAUACCUGUCAGUCUGGUACCGAAAAUGGCCCGGUUGCAGAACCACGGGAAAGAUAGUUUGCAGUUAGCGAUUCGGGAUCCCAUUGAAUUUCUUUACAGUUCAUUAACGUGUACAUUAAACGAUGGCAUUUCGUUA